CAUAGACAGAUAGGUAAUACGACAAGAGUGGUCAGACGGAAGCCCAUUUUCAAAACUCUGCGAAAGUCGGUAGGGCCAUAAUUAACGGAAAAAACACUGCAGACCAAAUUAAGAAGGAGCGUAUACAGAACCUUCAUUCUGUGUCUACUCACAGUUGCACGGAUCUUUGGAAAACCCCUGCAUUUCAUUAGCCACGAAAUGUAAGCGCUGUUAAACGUACAAUACCAAACGUCAAUAUCACGUCAAUGCAGCACGUUUAGCGCUUAUUUGACCGAGAUCUUGUUCAUGAAUGACAACGACGGUUCCCUGUUUGUGAUUUGCGCACACAUUUAGACGUGUACUUUCCUAGCAGGCAUGAAGUCCGAUGUAGAGGACCUGAUGCCCAGGCUUUUGCCUGUGGAAAACUACGAUGUGGAUGACUUUGAUCCCAGUAUACCGCCCAGAAAUCCUCAGGAGUAUUUAAGACAGGUUCAGCUUGAGGCUGCGAAGUGCCCAGAUGUUGUUGUGGCUCAGAUUGACCCAAAGAAACUCCAGAAAAGGCAAACUGUGAAUGUGUCGCUUUCCACUUGCCAGCCUGCUCCUGAUGGAUAUUCCCCUAGUCUUAAGUGGCAGCAAAUUCAGGUUGCCAAUUUCUCUGCAGUAAGGCAGAGUGUUGUCAAGCACAGAGCGCACUGGCAAGCACAGGCUUUAGACGAAAACGUAAUGAUGCCAAAAGUGGAGGAUGAUGAAGGCUGGAAGAAAUUUUGUUUGGGCGAAAAUGUUUAUUUUCGAAGAUCUGCCAUCCAGGAUGUCAUGAAUGAAGAAAUGGGUAUUGAUUAUGUGAAGGUUGGUUUUCCUCCUUUGCUAAGUAUUGUCAGCAGAUUAAAUCAAUCCGUGACAACCCAUGUAUUGGAGUAUUUAAUAACCUGGUUUGAAGAGGAAGAAUUCUCUCCUGAACUGGGAAGAUGGAUGUAUGCACUCCUGGCAUGUAUAGAAAAACCCCUACUGCCUGAAGUCCAUUCCCUUAUUCGACAGUUGGCAAGACAUUGUUCUGCAGUCCGGGCCAGACUAGAGAAUAAAGAUGAUGAAAGGCUUUCGGCUCUGAACUUACUCAUUUGCCUAGUUGCCAGGUACUUUGAACAGAAUGACUUGGCUGACAAAGAAUGAUACUAUGCAGUAAUUUAUAGUAAAUGAAUGUAUGAAUUAAAAAUAUUGCUUUCAGUUGGUAGAAUGAAAAGAAGAAUAAAAGAUUUUUCAGAAGUA